AUGCCGUCCAGUGCCGUAGUGGGCCACGUGCUUGGUUGCAUACCAGCCAUCGAUCGGGAUUUGUGUUCAACAGCGGAUACCGAUCUUCAGGACUGUCAGGUGGUCGACUAUUCGCUGGAGGCCUUAUCCGACUCAUCAGAACAGUUUACAGUUGACACAGAUGCCUGUGUAGUUCGAACCGAUGUAAAUCUAACGGACGCGCGUUUUGACAAACCCAUCGCUGAACUACGCCUGAUCGCACGAAAUCGCGGAAUAUUUCAAGAAGAUUUUGGGGAGGCCAAACUUGUUAUAUGGCUAAUAAACGAUAUCAAAAUCCCCGGUGUGCUCAUGGUUGUUGUCAUAAAGAAUGUCGAAAUUAGUGAUUAA